UUGUUCAGCCUAGCUUCACCAGUCUGGCUUAUGACGCCGCUGUUUCUAACUCAUGUAGUCUCAUCGGUGCAGGCACUUGGUCCGCUCUUGCUAGCACGCACAACAGUCCAGUUAGAGGAUUUUCUCGGCGAACUGGCCCGAUGUCAGGCCUAG